AUGGAGGCCGUGUCGCUGCAGGACUUCGCUCGCGCGCUGGACCCCGCCUCGCUGCCGCGGGUGCUGCGGGUCUGCUCGGGCGUCUACUUCCAGGGUUCCAUCUACGAGAUCUGCGGGAACGAGUGCUGCCUCUCCACGGGGGACCUCAUCAAGGUCACCCAGGUCCGCCUCCAGAAGGUCGUCUGCGAGAACCCGAGCACCGGCCAGACCAGAGAGCUGGACCCCAGCUUCAAGGGCCUCUUCAGCCCCCUCACCGGCCCCCAGAGCUAUGGAACCCUGGAGGAGCUGUACGCUGCUGUCACCCAGCGUUCCAAGCAGCUGCCCGUCUGGUUCAUGGCGACCCGCAGAAUGCACACGGAGGCCCUGGCGGUGCCCGAGGAGCAGCCCCUCAUGCUGGAGUCCGUGGAAGUAUACCUCGGGACCUGCUCCGCCCGCUGCGUGCUGGGCACGGACACCCAGGUGGCGGUGCUGCACCUGCCCCUGUCCACGGAGGGGCCCUUCUGGGAACUGGAGACGGGGGCCCCUCGGACCCUGCUGCAGGCCCUGGCCCUGAGGGACCUCCUGCUCACCUGCCCCGCCCUCCCCUGGCGCUCCUUGGUCCUGAGGCCCCAGUACGAGAUCCUGGCCGUCAUGCACAUGCGCAGGACCAUCGUCAGCAUCCCUUCCACUCUGGAGGUCGACGUGGAGGAUGUCACCGCCUCCUCUGAACACAUCCACUUCAUCCAGCCGCUGCUGCUGAGUGAGGUCCUGGCUCGGGGAGGCCCCUUCCCCCUGACCACAGAGAUCCUGGAAGUUCCAGACGGGCCCCCCAUCUUCCUCAGCCCCUGGGCGAACAACUUGCAGAAAGGCCAGAGGCUCUGCAUCCACAGCCUGGCUUCGCCACCCUGGCGGGUCCUGGCCUCAUCCAAGGGCCGAAAGAUGCCCAGAUACUUCCUGGUCUCGGGGGCCUACAGGGGGAAACUGCGGCGGCGGCCGAGAGAGUUCUCCACAGCCUACGACAUCCUGAGCGCUCUCCAGCCCGGCCGGCCGCUGCGGGUGGUGGCCAUGCAGGACUGUGAGGGGGAUGAGGCGGAGAUCCCUGGCUGCACCUCCCUGGCUAUGGGAGACAGGUUGGAGGUGGUGGGGUCCGGUCAGGCCCACGAGGCUCAGGGCAGGGACAUAGACAUCUUGGUGUGCCGCCGGCUCAGUGAGCAGGCCGAGGAGGAAGAGAGUGAAGAGGAGGCAGAGGACCAAGAACAGAUUGUGCUGCCCCUGUACUUCUCGGGCGGCUUCGUGGAGGAGUUGAGUGACAGCCGGCGAUACAGCCUGGCAGAUCUGACUGCCCAGUUCCCACUGCCCUGCGAGGUCAAGGUGGUGGCCAAGGACACCAGCCACCCUGCUGACCCUCUGACCCUCUUCCCGGGCCUGCGGCUGGAGGAGAAGAUCACGGAACCCUUCUUGGUGGUCAGCCUGGACUCGGAGCCUGGAAUGUCCUUUGAGAUUCCUCCCCGGUGGCUGGACCUGACUGUUGUGGAGGCCAAGGAGGAGCCAGGCCGGCCAGCUGGGUCUCCCCCCACGGCCACCGUGGAUGAGCUGACAGACGCCUUCUAUUAUCACCUGCGGAAGUCACCUGCCUUCGAGAGCCAGCCCCCCCCACCCAGGCCCCCUAAGCGCCAGGACCUCAGUGGGCAGAAGAAACAGAGCAGCCAGGAGAGAAGCAUCAAGUCUUCUCCUCAAGCCCCAGCAGAGCAGCGGCCCGCCCUGCAGCCCAAACUCAGGCCGAAAACGCUGGCAGCAGUCACAGAGGGCAGGUCAGAUUCUUACAGCAAGAUUUCUGCCAAGAAGGGCCAGAAGCCCGCUAAGUCCAGCCCUCUGGAUCCAUAUGAUGAUGAUGAACAUGACUAUGAAGAGGUAGUUGAGCACUUUCGGAAAACCCUCUAG